UUCAAACUUUUUCAGUCGGUGAUGCCGGUUACAAAUUACUCUCCCUCCAAUUGUAAAAUCACCGCCGUUAUCUUCCAGCUCUGUUUCUUAGUCAUUUUAUUUCAAUCAUGAGUCAAACAAAGAAACAGCACUCUGCCAUGGUACAUUUCGUCGCUGGUGGUUUAGGCGGCUCGUUUGGUGCCUUCGUAACAUGUCCUCUCGAGGUGAUUCAGACGAGACUUCAAUCUUCUGCGUUUCGGCUUCAACGAACAGCAAAUCUACGCGUUUCUCGCAAUAUUUCGUCCAGUGGCCAAGCCGCAAAUUUAAGUACAGCUAGUGUGGCUAACUCGAAGCUUAAUGUUGCGGCGAAUCGCUUCAAAGGAGUAUUUUCCUAUGGAAGGUACAUGGUUCAGCACGAAGGGUUCUUUUCGUUGUACAAAGGAUUGGGGCCCACAUUACUCGGUGUCACCCCAUCAAGAGCAAUUUAUUUUGCCCUCUAUUCCACAACAAAGGAGAUACUGAACAAAUCUGGCAAGCUAGUUGCCGAUUCUUCACUUGUUUAUAUGACAUCCGCGGCUAUAGCUUCGUUUGUAAAUCACACGGUUACAAAUCCUUUGUGGUUCGUCAAAACGCGACUACAGUUGGACAACAGGGAAGCGCGGAGAGUAAAUGCUUUCCAUAUAGUAAGAGAUGCUUACAAGAGCGAAGGAAUCAGAGCUUUUUACCGAGGACUUUCAGCUUCCUACGUAGGAAUCUCAGAAACAGUAGUGCAUUUUACGAUCUACGAGAAAGUGAAAGCGAGAUUGCUAAAGUUUCAACAGAAGACGCAAAGAGACCUGAAUGUGAUCGAGUGCAUGCUGUCAGCCGGCGUUUCCAAAUCCAUCGCUGCAAGUCUUUGCUAUCCUCAUGAAGUUGCACGAACUCGGCUACGUCAACAAGAAAGUGAUUUCCUCGGAAAACAAAAAUACAAUUCGUUUCUUCAAACGCUGAAAACAGUUGUGAAAGAGGAAGGAUGGAGAGGUCUCUAUGGAGGUUUAGGAACCCACUUAAUUCGACAAGUUCCAAAUACAGUGAUAAUGUUUUUCACUUACGAAGGAGUCGUGUACCUUUUGGAGUAGUUAAUGCGUUCGCUUUAAAUUGAUCAGUAGUUCUUUAUCAACAAUAAUCGUUGUUAAAACCAAAUUGGUGCACCCAAUUUGUGUAAGCUGAUGUAGUAUGAUACUAGCGCGUAAGUAGAUUAAAUUUUUGUCAAUUAUCAUCAUUUAAAAUUUCAAGUUCAAAGAAAUUUCCUGGGGGGCUGCGUUUUUUUGUUUUUUUGUUUUUUUUCUGAACGACCUUGUUGAGUCCAUUUGUAAUGGAAAUAGUGUCUUUAUCCUCUCUUCAAACGCUUUAAACCUAGGAAGAGCUCUCGCAGGCAAGGUGAUAAAUAUUUAAAUAAAUUAGAUUGUUCUUUUAGUUCAGGAGUUGCUAUGGGUUGCAACUGAAGUCUUGGGAAUGAUAAUGAUCAAAAGUAACCAUUUGUUUAUUCAAGAUUACAUAGCUCAGGUCAGUAAAUGCCAAGAAUGAUAUAUCAAAUAGGUAGAUGUGUUCUAAAUCUUAAUUCUUGAAAAAAGACUCACUCAAAAAAAUAAACUUGGUGAGAGUGUUCUUUCAGAAAGAGCAUAUGAAAUAAUUUUGUUUUCUCCUCUCAGGAAAGGUAUCAGCAAAGCAUUAAUCAUUUCGGUUUGCCCUUUUUUUUCAUUCUUUUAUUUUUCUUUUAAAAAAAUGUGAAGUGAAUGGUUUAUUUGGAAAGAUGCAUGAAUUAGCUUCUCACUUAAUUACUGCGUAAUCAUGUAUGUUUUCUUAGAAAACCCUAUUCAUCUGAUUUUUCUCUUGACCUUUGCUAAGUGCAAUUGAUUCUUCCCAGAUAUACGCAAAUGGUUCAGUGUAAAUAUUUAUAUUUCGUGUUGUGGUCUACAUGAAAUUAUGUCUCAUGUAAAUAUAAGGUCAAGGUAAUGAGGUGUUUGGAAGAAGUUGCAUUUUGAUAUUUUCUAAAUAAAUAUCAAUAAAAUAUUUUCUCAAUAAAUAUUUUGUAGACAGGGUGGGUAGGUAAUGUUGAGUACUGGUCAGGGGAGUGGGAAGGGUGAAAGAGUUGAACUGAACUAUUAUUGGCAGAAGAAACUAUUUAUACUGUUGUGGGUGAGAGUAGCCCUGGAAAGAGUUUUGCUUAUUAAUUACUGCUAAGAAUUUAUAUUUCAUGAGGACUUUUGUUAUUAAAGUGAAUAAAUACCUUUCACAACUGCUUA